AAAUGGACAAGAACUGAUAGAGUGGGAUAAGAGACAAAUAAGGAGAAUCAAACAAGCAAUCCGAUCGAUCUACCAGAUCGCCAUGAUUCUUACAAGAUGCUUACCCUUGAUAUGGCUAUCUCUACUUACUGUGUGUGCUGCUGGGAGGACAUUGCACCCUCUCCCUGUUAAAGGACCCAAAACUGUCAAGCUUCAACUUCAGACUUCACGUCCUUAUAACAUCGCACACAGAGGUUCCAAUGGAGAGAUCCCAGAAGAAACUACAGCUGCAUACUUGAAAGCAAUUGAAGAAGGCACAGACUUCAUAGAAACAGAUAUCUUAUCAUCCAAAGAUGGUGUGCUCAUAUGUUUCCAUGAUUGUAUUCUCGACGAAACAACCAAUGUUGCGAGCCACAAGGAGUUUGCAGAUCGUAAAAGGACAUAUGAUGUCCAAGGAUUCAACAUUACUGGCUUUUUCACUUUUGAUUUUACACUUAAAGAACUAAAGCAACUACGUAUAAAGCAGCGAUAUGCUUUUCGGGAUCAGCAAUACAACGGAAUGUACCCUAUCAUUACAUUUGAGGAAUUUCUUACCAUUGCUCGGGAUGCUCCAAGAGUUGUUGGAAUAUAUCCUGAGAUUAAAAAUCCAGUUUUAAUGAACCAGCAUGUCAAAUGGCCUGGUGGUAAGAAAUUUGAGGAUAAAGUUGUGGAGACACUUAAGAAGUAUGGGUAUGGAGGCUCGUAUUUGUCCAAGAAGUGGUUGAAAAAACCACUAUUUAUUCAGUCAUUUGCCCCAACUUCACUCGUGUACAUAUCAAACUUGACAGACUCGCCGAAAGUCCUUCUAAUAGACGAUGUUACCAUGCCAACGCAAGACACUAACCAGACAUAUGCAGAGAUCACAUCAGAUGCGUAUUUCGAAUACAUCAAGCAAUAUGUUGUGGGUAUCGGACCAUGGAAGGAUACAAUUGUUCCGGUAAACAACAACUAUGUGCUAGCCCCCACAGAUUUGGUCAAAAGAGCUCACGCACACAAUCUGCAGGUGCAUCCCUAUACGUACAGGAAUGAACACGAAUUCUUACACUAUAACUUUAGCCAAGACCCGUAUAAGGAGUACGACUACUGGAUCAAUGAGAUUGGAGUUGAUGGACUCUUCACUGAUUUCACAGGCAGCCUCCAUAACUUUCAAGAAUGGACAUCUCCAUUACCUGAUACCUCCAAGUCUCCACGACAGCUUCUUAGUCAAAUUGCCUCAUUGGUCCUCCCUUAUGCAAAGGCUUGAAGUUCCACAUAAACACCUAUCAGUAAUCCUAUUGUUUGCAAUUAAUUGUAUUGAAUAAAGUUACAAUGAUUAUUCUGAAGAAGAACACAGUUGUUAAGAAGCAGAGGAGUCUUAAAGAUCAAACAAAAGAAAAAAGACACAACUUAAUUAAAUCGU